AUGCCAUUCAAGGUCAAGAGCUCGAAAAAGUCCAUGCUAGACUACCGUGGGUAUGUCAAGCGGUAUCUGGUCUACUGUCUUCGCGUAGGCUUACUAUCCCGUGAGGAGGCCCAAGCCCAGCACGGCAUCACGUUGACCCCCGAUCAGCGGCGGCUCUUGGACCAGGUCAGCAUCGCCGCCGCGGAAGUGGCUCGCGGCGUGCGAUUAGCACGUAGAGCGGUCAACGCCGACGACGACGACGAGGAUCACCAGGGGCGAUACCAGGUCUAUGUCAACCCGCUCUUACACUUUACCGCCGUAUUGGGCAUCCGGGAGCUGGGUGGCUGGGUGGAGGCUUCCGUGUUCACCAGUAUGCUGGCUGGCUUGAUGUGGUGUGGUCGCGUAGCGAUGUUAGAGCAUAUCUUCGAGACACUGCCGGAUGAUCCCACCGAGCUCACCACAUCCGACAUGGAACAUUUCUUCGACCAAUAUCGCCGGUGGCUCGUGGAUGGGACACAUACGCCGUUCAGUACCAUCGUGCGAUGGAUGGCGUACGGCAAGGGAUAUCGAGAGAAGACCGGUGGACAAGCUAAGGUGACGUGGGACCAGGAUGGGUUAGGGUUGCGAUAUCUCGGUCAGCCGAUCGCGUUAAGAGACGUCGGGCACGCUCUCCAGGCCGGUAUGGAUAAAGCCACUCGGUUUCUGGAUCGACUACUCUUCGAACCGUGGACCACGGCGGCGAAGCGGAUUGAUCUACCACGGAUUCGAGACUCGCUCGUCUAUCAAGGACCCGACCACUCAUUCGCCACCGAUGCGCGGAAUCGAUGGCUCCGGCCCGGGUGGGAGUUUCUAGCCGAGCGUGCCCGUACCACCCAUAGGUGGUGGUCUCCCGAGACCGGGUGGAAUCGUGCGAAAGUGCAGAUAUACUUACGAUGGGCCGGGCAGCCCGGUCGAGGACCCGAGGCUAUAGAGAUGCUCUACUGCGACGUACAGCAGGAGAGCCAGAGGAAUGUAGCGUAUAUCGCGUGGGUGAUUCCGUUUAAACAACAUCUUCGCGAGGAGAUGGGUCUCGCCCAGGUGGACGACUCGCUCAUACCGUAUCUAUGGAAAGACGCUCGCUCUAGGCUUCACGAUACGGCCACACUAAGUGCGGGUUUAGCGCGGUUAUUUAGCGCUCACACCGGGGUCGAGCUCGGUAUGUCCGCAUAUCGACACUUUACCAUCGCGUUAGCGCGCAAAAUCAAAGGUAUCGUCGUACGGCAGGUGGAGGUGGAGAUUGGAGACCGGGCGGUGGACGACUCGAUGGGCAACCAGGUCACCGGUGCGCCGCAACAGAAGGCCAAACUGGACUACAUCUGGGAUCUGCAGGCCACACACGGCAGCGAGCUAGCCCGUUUACGAUACGCACUGGAUGCCCAGUUCCCCAGCCAUCUGCAACCCGAGAUACUGUAG